UGUAUGUGUAAGACUUUACUGCUCCUGUUAAGUAAAUAAUUUAUUAAUUGACAGCUUUGUUUUAACUUUAGAGAGAAGCAGCUGUUUGAUUUGCUUUUUCCCCUUCAAGCAAAGCUAUCUUCAUUUUAAUGUCAUUCACUCUCUGUGAGAAGGUGUAACAACGCACUCAUUAUUCAUUUAUUCAUUUAUUUUGCCAGGUUUUAUUUUUGUCAAACUUUUAUGAAUUUCUCUCUUUCUCGUGCUUAUACAGAGUACAUCACAGCCAGGUUUGGAAACAAAGACCUUGAGAGCUAUGCUGUGUUCUCAUUGGAUGAUGACCCAGGUGAUACUGUGAUCAUAUCCAUGUUCAUCCGCACCAGACAGUCCAGUGGCCUGCUCCUUAUCAUGACUAACAGCACAAGUCAGUACCUCCGCCUGUGGCUGGAAGCGGGUAUGAUCAAAGUUCAGGUCAACAACUUUGAGACUCUGGUCGGUCGGGCUGUGAUCAAUGAUGGCCAUUUCCACCUGGUGACUCUGAAACUGGAAGGAGUGGUAGCCACCUUGUUCCAGUCAGCCCAAAGCCAGGGUUCCAUGCCCAUCAGGCUCAUCCAGGUCCAUCCUGGGGAUAUGGUUUAUGUCGGGGGGCUACCAGACUCAAGGGCCUCGGCUUCUUUUGGCGGGUACUUCAAGGGAUGCAUCCAGGAUCUGAGGAUUAACAACAAAAGACUGCAGUUUUAUCAGAUAUCAACUCCGGUAGAAUCGUACAACCUGGAACAACUCAUCAGCGUUGCAGAAGGAUGCAGCAGCGACAACGCAUGUGCUGUGAACCCCUGUCUUAACGGGGGAGUGUGUUACUCCAUGUGGGAUGAUUUCAUUUGCAACUGCCCCCCCAACACUGCAGGGCGGCGCUGUGAGGAGGUGAAAUGGUGCGAGCUGUCUCCCUGCCCAGCUGCUGCAAUGUGUCAGCCCCUCUCUCAGGGUUUUGAAUGCUUGUCUAAUGUAACGUUUCGGCUUGGAAGCAGCAUUCCACAGUAUCGGAGCAAUGGAAAGAUUAAGCGCAGCCUGACCAGUGUCUCCCUCAGUUUCCGCUCAAGACGGCUUGCUGCCACAUUACUGCAUGCACACAAGGACUCAAACUACCUGACGGUCUCUCUACUGAACUCUCAUGUGGUCAUGGAUCUCCAGGUUGGGGGUGACAAGGACAACGUGUCUAUUCAAAGCCAGACUCAGUUCAGUGAUGGAAAGUGGCACACUGUGAAGCUCAGCUUGGAAACCCAGGCAUCGACCUCUAGUUGGAUCAUGAUCGUGGAUGGAGGAAAGGAGGCCAUAAGCGUGUCCAAAACAGCUGUGGGUGACCUGGAGUUUCUCAGCAAGGAAGUGGACAUCUUCCUGGGUGGUCUAAGCCUGGAUGCUGGGGUGGAUCUGUCUGGCUGUCUGGGUCCUGUCGAGAUUGGGGGGCUUCUUCUCCCUUUCCACCCCGAUACAGAGCUGAACCUGCCCAGACCUCAGGAGGAGCAGUUUUUGAGGAUAAACAGCAAAGCUCCUCUGCUGUAUGGCUGCUGGGGAGCCAGUGUUUGCACACCUAACCCUUGCAGGAACGAGGGUGUCUGCGAGGACCUGUUUGACCUGCAUCAGUGCACGUGUUCCUCCGAGUGGACGGGCCACCUGUGUCAAGACUCGACAGACCCUUGCAUCUCCGGGCCCUGUCUCUACGGCAACUGUGUCAGCCUGCCUGGAGGCUAUAAGUGUGUGUGUGAGCAGGGGUACAGUGGCGAGCAAUGUGAGGUAGAAGUCGAUAUGUGUGAAAAAAGCAAUUGCAGCCACGGCGCCACGUGCCUCAAAGGCUUCCAGACGUAUUCCUGUCUAUGCCCUCAAAAUAUGACCGGCCAGUACUGCAACGAGAAACUCCCUGAAAUCCCAUGGUACAUCGAGACCAAUCCACUUCCCCAGUUGCCUGUGUCUACAUGCACGGGUACGAGGUGGAACUACAGCUGCUUUAAUGGAGGAAACUGCGCCGAGGCUGAAGACGCUUGUUACUGCCUGCCUGGCUUCACGGGACAAUGGUGUGAGAAGGACGUAGAUGAAUGUGCCUCUGACCCGUGUAUGAACGGAGGUUUCUGUGUCAACUACGUGAACAGUUUUGAGUGCGUGUGUGACAUGAAUUACUCGGGGAUACACUGCCAAAUAGACGUCAGCGACUUCUACUUGUACCUCUUCCUUGGCCUGUGGCAGAACCUCUUCCAGCUCGUGUCCUACCUCGUGAUUCGUCUCGACGAUGAGCCAGAAAUUGAGUGGGGGUUCCAGAUCAACGAUUAGACCCUCUUUAUGAUGAAUAUAAUCAGACCUAGCUCGAUGUGGAGGGUCAGUUUUAUCUCUUCCUGUGGGAACAUACAUGUCCACAGACAUUACGAGCAAAUAUAUCUACUUACAUAGUCUCAUUGGUAAGGGGAAACUGCUCUCCUUUGUGGCCUCUUGUGAUUUAGGUUGAUAAACCAGGUGUAAAUACAUUAAUCUACAUAAUACUUGCAGUAUUUAAGUGAUCCGUGUUGCAGAUACACAGCUGUUGGUUUCAGUGUGCACUCGUAAACAUGAGACUUUUAAAUGUUUAAAUUUUUUAUGAAGACAAUGUUUGUUUUUUUAAAUCUCAGCUUUACAAAGAGCUGCUAAUGAGGAACAGUGGCUGUUAAUAUACGUUAUGUAUUCUUCAUGUAGUGUACUGACAGGGUCAGCAAUAGAGAUGUGUCUGUUGUGAACAGAUUUAUUUGGUUAUGUGAUAUUGAACAAUACGUAGUCCAUCAUGUUUUCUGACUGUAUGAAUCUGGUUCUCAUACUGAAAACCACACUUUAGAGAGCUCUUUGUGUGCCUUAAAUCUGUGCGACAGCUUUUCUCUCAGUGGGGUUUUCCAACUGUUCGGGGACUUCCUCACAUAGUUAUAAUCAAGUGGAUAAAACUGAAAUUACAAUAUUUAUAACUAAGAUGUAUUUAAAAAUAUGUAUGUAACGUAAUAUAAAAGAAGUUGUCCUGCAUGCAGUGCAUACAGUAUCUGAUCUUGAAAGGGAACCCAUUAUGCUUUUCCUUCAUUUCUCAAACAUAGCAUCUACAAUUGUGGAUGUUCAUGUUAAACAUGGAUAGAGACUGAACUGUUGAGGUCAGCAAAUGCAAACGUGAGUUAAACACUCACUCUUAUGCAUUUUUUUUUCUACUUUUGGCGCCGUGUGAUGUGAUAUACCUAAUAUGGCCAUCAGGCACAAAAGCUGUUAACAGGGGACUGAACUGAGGGGCUGCAAAAGGCCCAAGAUAUGAUUAAAAAAGGAUCAUACUGAAAUAUGAAUCACGCAAACCUACUCUGAGAGUCCAAGGAUAAAAACAUGUAGAUGGAAAUGAGCAUUAAAGGUCCCUUUUAGGAGAAACAAAUAUGAAAUAAAUGUGAAAU